AUGUCUGUUGGUGCUUAUGGUCGCGAGUCUGCCUUGCUGGGGCCUGCAUUUGGACCAUACUGCAUCCGUAAUAAAGCCGAUGCUCAAGACGGCCACCAGAUGUCACCGCCGAGGAACAGAAAUUUCACACGAAGUCCUCUGUUGGAGAAGCAAGGAAAGAACCUAGGGAAAGAAGUAAGGGAACAAGGGAAAGGGGAUGAAGUAUCUGGAAGCGUGUCAGGAGGGGAAGAUCCGGAGAAGGCGCUGUUGGAUUACAAGGGGCGUCACGUGAGCAUCCAGGAGGGAGUGGCCCAGGAUGAGCGAGCGCGAUCGGCGCGCGCAGCACAGAGUCCGCCCACUGUGACGUCACUCAGGCCUCCAGACAGGAGCGGGCACGGGCACGGCGUGGGCAUCUCUGUGAGGAGCGACAGCGGCAGCGACACCGGGCCGCCCGUGGUGGCCAGCCGCUCGCCCUACAGCACGUGGCAAGCCAAGGACACGUCGGGCCACGCCUCCCGCGUCGGCAGCGGCGGCGGCCACGAACCGCUGGCGCCCGUGGCCACCGCCACCUCGGGCUCCAAGCCGCCCGUGGCCGACGCGUCCAGCGCCACGGGGCGGCGCUCGCUGCCCGACCCGCAGCUCGUCGAGCCAGCGACCUUCGGCGACGCCGGCGCCCCGGGGUCGAGGGCGCCGUCGCCGUCGUCGCCGUGGAGUCGCUACGACGUGGGCCGCGACGAGGGCGGCUGGGCGAGGGGCGGCGGCCACCCCGCGAGGACCGCGGGCGGCGUGCGGGAGGCCGAGGCGGGCGCGUCCGAGGGCGCGUGGGACACCCAGGCCCGACGGCUGCCGAGCCCCUCCGAGGGCCGCCCCGACACCUUCGGCCACAGGAUAAGCGAGGACCUGUCGCACCUGGACACGGAAUAUUCCCCGCGGAAGAGCAACAAGCACUGGUCGAGUCAGGUUCCUUCCCUGCACUUUUCGUCGGCAUCGAACGGCGCGCACGGCAGCUUUCCCCAGCGGCCCUACGAGGAGCAGAACAGCCGCUGGCACAACAGCCGCGCCGGCAGCGCCAGCGGUAACGAGAGGUCCUCCACCAGGUUCCGCAACUGGGACCGGGAUGAGCGGCCGAGCACCUCGCCGCGCCCGAGCUACGUCGACUACAACGCCCACGAAUACCCUCCCAGAGGGUCCUACAACUACCCGUCGAGGGCGCGCGACCCGGUGAGUCGCGGCGGCGACCCGUACAGCAACCCGGCCUCGAGGGGCGAGCCCGCUCUGCUGACCAUCCAGCAGAUUAAGCAAAUGAUAAACAUUUCAUCGCAUGACGAGUUCUUCGAGUUGCUGAAGAAGAGAGGGAUCGGCUUCAGCCAGCUCCUCGAAUACAUGAAUCGCGGCGCCAACGAGGAUGAGGUCCUGCAGCUCCUCGGAUACCACAGGACCACAACGACAACACAGCCUCCGGAGGCACGGCUGCCGCAGACGCGCCUGGAGGACGCGCACGGAGGCGAUGCCUUUGACUCGCAGGCCGACUCGUCCCUGUAUUUCGGCGAGGGCGCUCACAGGGCGUCUCAGGGAAGCCCCUUCAGGGGUAGCGCUCCUUUGGCCAGGGACGAAGUGAUAGCCGGCGACGCGGUCAGCAGUGGCGAGGAGAGGAGGAGGAACAGGAAAGAUAGGAAGAGGAAGGGAAAGAAGAACAGGAGAAGAAAGGGAAAAGGUGGACGCAAACAGCGGCUUCCGGACCUUAUCUACACGACAGACAUCUUGCCUGUGGACGGCGCCCAGGGCUCCACGAGGGCAGCCGAGGCGGAAUUCAGUCCACCGUCCUCGGGAGCACCAGAUGUCGACUCGAACCUUGAUCUACCCACGCCGACGCAGCAGCCGGAUGACGCGCGUUCUUCCACGUCAGCUGCAGCGGCCGUCCUGCCAGGCCCGAGCCCGAACCAGCCCCCGGUGCCGCCCAACUCGCCCCCGCAGCCGGGGUCCUCCUCGACGCAGCCGACCUUCCCGGAAGAAGUUCCUGAGGCCACCUCCUUCCCCGUCGUCCCUGCGGAGGCCAGCGCGACGCAGACUCACUCCCUGCCGACGACGGCGCAAGUCUUCCCCGAGCCCCCCGUCGUCGUCGCUUCAGCCACCACCCCGGACGUCGCCCUCGUGCUGCCUACCUCAGGGCACGUCGCCGCCGACGCGCCCACGACCACCGCCAGGCCUCCCCUCAAGAAAUCCGACCCCGCACUCACGCCGCGGUCCUCCUCCAGCACGCAUCCCUCUACGCCCGAAGACCCCUACGCCGACGGCGUGACCUUCCCGCCGGGCAUCAGGCCCUCCGAGGUCUCCAUCCACUCCAUCACGGUCAUGAAGGUUCCCGAAAAUGACGAGAUUGUCCCCGAGGUGAUCGCGCCCGCCAGCAGGAGGCCGACACACCGAAGACCCAUCGUCAAGGCGCACUUCCCGACCGAGCGCAACAUCUCCCGCUUCACCACCACCAGCCUCGAGGAACCCGAGUUCGAGAUCGGAAGCCGGUCCAUUCUGGUGCAGAACAUACCCAAGGAGGAGUACCAGUUCCCGAUCAAGGGCCUCCUGAUCAUCAGCGGCAUCCUGGGGGCCAUGGCCGUCUUCACCCUGGUCAUCCUGAUCUCGUACUGCAUCAUCAAGUGCUCGAAACCCCCAGCCAUUAACAACUACCGGGUCACAGAACAGAAGCCCGUGGCCCAGUGAGGACUACGUCGCGAGCUAUCUUUCCCUUCUCUUUUCUUCCUCUCCUUUUUUGAAGCCUAGAUUUUAGUGUCUUAUUUCCAUAUAUUAUAUUGUAUACAAAUGUAUGUUAAGUUAUAACUUAUUCUUAUAGUAAUAGUAAUUAAUCCUCAGUGAAAAAGUAACCCUGAACUGUAACAUAUGCAACGUUGUAAGUGAGAAAUAUUGAGAAAGUGUUCUUAUUAUGAAUAAGUGUCGUACAAUUAAUUACUGAUGAUGGUAAUGAGUUAUCAUUGUCAACCAGAUAAGAAUACUCUAUUCCUGUUGGGUAAUGACUGUUAUCUGUAAUAUCUAAUGUACAUAAAACAUACAUAAGAAUAAAAUCCCUUUUGUAAGAAA